AUGUCUUCUAAAAUGAGUCAAACUCAUAUUGUGGUGCUAUGUUCUAUUGCAAAUUUUAUAAAUGCGGCUGAUCGUGUUAUUAUGCCUAUCGCAAUAAUACCAAUGACUAGUUAUUUCAAAUGGACAAUGCAUUGGCAGGGAUGGAUAUUGUCAUCAUUUGCUUUCGGCUAUUUAAGUAGUCAAGUUUUUGGGGCUUGUGCAGCUAAGAAAUUUGGUGGAAAAUUAAUUUUAUUGCUGUCUGUUUUUUUAUGGUCAAUAUCAACUGUCGCAACACCAUGGGUAUCUCAUAACACAUUUGCUUUAAUUUUAUGCAGAAUAAUAUCUGGAUUUGGUGAAGGAUUAGGAUUACCAACAAUAUUUCAUAUUUUUGCAAACAAUAUCUCAGUAACUGAUCGUUCAAGUGCAUUUGGUUACCUAGUGGCCGCAGGUUCUGUUGGCCAGACAGUCGCAACUGUGAUAUGCCCACAUUUAAUGUGGCAAACUAGCUUUUAUUUGUUUGGUUCAAUUGGGAUUGUUUGGUCACUUAUAUGGAUUUCAUUAUAUUCAGAAAAAGAUUGGGGAAAUAAUGAUGAGCUUCCAUUAGUUAUUAUCCCCCAAUAUUCUAGUAUACAUUGGAGAAAAUUCUUUAUAUAUUGGCCCUUAUGGGCGAUAUAUAUAGCUCACUUUACAAUGAAUUGGUCCAACUACAUAAUAAUGCAUUGGCUACCCACAUAUUUGCGUUACCUUGGUGCUAAUUCACAUAGUAUUAGUUUAACAGCUGUUCCAUAUAUAUUCAAUUCAGUGUUUGGUAUUGUUGCAGGAAAUUAUGCGGAUAAACUAAUUGAUCGUAGAUGGUCAGUCUUAAGUGUUCGACGACUAAUGACUACUAUAGGUUUAGUAGGACCAGCAAUAUUUUUAAUUCUAUUUUGUACAGUGAAUAGCUUGGCUGCAGCCAUAAUAUUCAUUUCUAUAUCAAUGGGACUAUGUGCUUGUAAUUCAGCUGGGCAUUUAAGUAAUCAUGCUGAAGUGGCUCCUAAUCAUGCUGGCAUUACAUUUUCAGUAUCCAAUACACUGGCUACCAUACCAGGAAUAUUAUCUGGUCCUCUUACGGCAGAACUUGUGACUGCAUCUCAUGGCCGUUGGUUUCCGGUUUUCAUAUUGGCGGCUGCUCUAAAUUUCACUGGCUCAAUUAUUUAUUGUAGUCAAAGUUCAACAUCCCAAAUAUUGUAA